AUGAAGAAGGAGAUGGAGCAUGGUGUGAGGUGCCUCGAGAUUGCCAAGGAGGGCAAGGGCACACUGGAGAAGGACCUGGAAGGGCUGAGGCAGCGCUACGAGGAGAAGGUGACCACCAACGACAGGCUGGAGAAGGACAGGACUCGGCUGCAGCAGGAGCUGCACCACCAGUGGUGGAGACUGUCUGACCUGGAGAAGAAGCAAAUUAUGUUUGACCAGGUCCUGGCUGAGGAGAAGACCAUCUCGGCCAAGUAUGGGGAGGAGCGGGACCGGGCUGAGGCAGAAGUCCGUGAGAAGGAGGCCAAGGCACUGUCUCUGGCCCAGGCCCUGGAGGAGGCCAUGGAGCAGAAGGCAGAGGUGGAGCGGCUCAACAAGCAGUUCCGCACAGAGAUGGAGGACCUCAGGAACUCCAAGGAUGACGUGGGCAAGAGUGUGAGUCCUGGGAGGGGCCGAGGGGGACAGUACAGGGGACUAAUAGUUGAAUAG